GUUCCUGCAGACGCCCACCGCAGUGACGUCAGCGCAGCCCCAGCGUUUUGUUUGCGUCGCCCGAGCGCAGUGUGGAUCCGGUGACACCGGGAGUAACGGCACGUACCGGAUAGCGUCCUGCGUCAUCACUGCGCGACCCGCCCUCCGCCUGUCAGACCCCGAGUGACAGCCCGGCCUGGCCGCCAUGGAGGGGCUGGUAACCAGCGACAAGAAGCGGAUCAGUUCGGAGCGUCGGAAGGAGAAAUCUCGAGACGCUGCAAGAUGUCGGAGGGGAAAAGAGUCUGAGGUGUUUUAUGAACUCUCUCAUCAGUUGCCUCUGCCGCACAAUGUGAGCUCCCAUCUGGAUAAAGCUUCCAUCAUGAGGCUUACCAUCAGCUACCUGCGUAUUAGGAAGUUGCUUGAUGCUGGAGAACCGGCCAGUGAGUCUGAAACCGAUAAGCAGUUGAAUUGCUUCUAUCUGAAGGCCUUGGAGGGCUUUGUCUUGGUUCUUACUGAGGAAGGGGACAUGAUUUACCUGUCUGAAAAUGUUAACAAGUGCAUGGGUCUGACACAGUUUGAGCUGACCGGGCACAGUGUGUUUGACUUCACUCACCCGUGUGAUCACGAAGAGCUCAGGGAAAUGCUCACUCACAGGAGUGGUCCAGCAAAAAAAGGCAAAGAGCAAAUCACAGAACGGAGCUUCUUCCUCCGUAUGAAGUGCACGCUCACCAGUCGAGGAAGAACAGUGAAUAUAAAAUCUGCCACAUGGAAGGUUCUCCACUGCUCGGGGCAUAUGCGUGUGUACGAUGCUGGCAGUGGACAGAACCAUUGUGGAUACAAGAAGCCACCAAUGACCUGCUUGGUGCUGAUCUGUGAACCAAUUCCUCACCCAUCUAAUAUUGAGUUUCCACUGGACAGUAAAACCUUCCUCAGCCGCCACAGUCUUGACAUGAAGUUUUCUUACUGCGAUGAAAGGGUAACCGUGUUGGUGGGGUAUGAACCGGAUGACCUCAUAGGUCGUUCAGUCUACGAAUACUAUCAUGCCCUGGAUUCAGAUCAUCUGACCAAAGCCCACCAUGACAUGUUUGCAAAAGGGCAAGUGACUACAGGACAGUACAGGAUGCUGGCCCAGAAAGGAGGCUAUGUUUGGGUCGAAACCCAAGCAACUGUUAUAUACAAUACAAAGAAUUCCCAGCCCCAAUGCAUUGUUUGCGUUAAUUAUGUUUUGAGUGGCAUUGUAGAAAAGGAUGUGGUCUUGUCGCUGGGCCAGACAGAGAGUAUCCUAGUCCCAGUGGAAUCUGCUGAGACUAAAAUGCGUGAGAUCUUUACAAACCGAGACACAGAGACUGAUGGCAAGAGCUUGUACGAUCAAUUCAAGGAGACCUCCGACUCCUUGACGUUUCUUGCACCAGAUGCAGGGGAUGAAAUUGUCUCAUUGGAAUUUGGUCAAAGUGACUCUGAGCAGCAGUUUGAUGAUGUACCACUUUACAAUGAUGUAAUGCUGCACCCAACAAAUAAGCAGCUGGACAGCAUGCUGGUAUCUCCAGAUCCUGAUAAACCGAAGCCCCUUCGUAGUAAUGCAGAUCCUGCUUUAAACAGAGAAGUUGUAAUAAAAAUUGAGAAUACUGUGGAACCGCUGGACCUUGCAUUCACUGUUCCCCAGCAGUCCAAGCCAUGCAGUCCUUCAGACAUUAGCAGCAGUCAGAGCUCCACAGAGCCUGGUACUCCAGCAGAGUAUUGCUUCAAUGUCGACAAUGAUAUUUCAACUGAAUUCAAAAUGGACUUGGUGGAGAAACUUUUUGCCAUAGACAAAGAUGCUAAAACCCAAUAUUCUACACAGGAAACAGACUUGGAUUUGGAAAUGCUGGCUCCGUACAUCCCAAUGGAUGAUGACUUCCAGCUGCGAACGUUUGAACAGCUUUCAUCUUUGGAGAGUGAUUCAGCAAACUCACAACCCACGGGAAGCAUCACUAACCUGUUUCAGUCGUCUCAAACCCAAACCACCAGUGAUUUUAAGCCACUUACUAUAGAAGCAGUGAGCGACUUGGAGACCACUAUUAUCCAGUCACCUGCACAGUCCAUGAAAGAUGUCACCAGUGCUCCGUCGUCUCCAUAUAACGAGAGCCGAAGCCGUACAAGUUCUCCAAUGAGAACAGACAAAUUAAAUGUUACGCCUGAACGGUCCCGCCCAGGAACUCCCAGUUUACCGGCUCUUUUUGCUAAGAGGCCUGGCACUUUGGACGAAGAAUUAAGUCCAAAAAUGAUUGCUUUACACAAUGUACAGAGAAAACGCAAAAUUGAAAACGAGGGUUCCUUGUUCCAAGCAGUGGGAAUUGGAACAUUAUUUAAAAUAAAUGUUGAUCAGGAGUCAGACUCUCCUCUGUUAUGGAAGCGUGUGAAGAGUUCUGAUUCUGGUACAGAAAGACCAAGUGGAGCGGAGCAGAGAACCAUUCUUCUGUUAUCAACUGAUAUGGGCAGUCGAUUGCUUUGCCAGUCUGUAGAUGGUACCAGGCUUCCACAACUGACUAGCUAUGACUGCGAAGUGAAUGCCCCCAUACAAGGAAAUCGAAACCUCCUACAGGGGGAAGAAUUAUUAAAGGCUCUCGAUCAAGCUAACUGAUCUCUUAUUGUCUUCAAUGUUUGGACACUGGUGAACCUUCAUCACCCAAAGCAGCAUAUUUAUAUUUUCUAGAUCUGAUAUUUAGAAACCUGCCUACAAUACCGCACUACUCCAGCUAGAUCCAUUUCAACUCCUAGGUCUUUCUUUCCUUUGUAUUUUUCAUCUUUUUUUGUUACAAAGCAAAAUAAAAUGUUGAUACUUCAUAUAUCCAAAUACAUAUACUUCAUACCAAUAUAUAAACUAACACACAUUCAGAAUGUGCACAUUUUGUUUGGUUUUCUUUUUUGGUAUUUUAAUUAUUUUUUUUAAAAAAAUUGGGACUUUGUCAAACACAUCAUUUAAAGUGAAUCUGUCAUUCACAAAAUGUCUGGUAAAUAAUUCAAUUGUAGAAAUUGAAAUCACCAACAUAUGUAGGUAUGAGAUGACACACUUUUCCUGACAUUCUUUUGUGGACCGUGUGCAUGUCUUUGUGGACUCACAAGUUCGUGGCUGCAAGGUGGCCAUUGUUUGUGUACAUGGACAUGUGCACCCCCCCACAGAAUUAGCUAAAGUAUAGAUCUCUGCCACUAUUUGUAAGUUGGGAUCUUUAACAACAUUUUAUCUGAACCUUUGCCAACAAAUUGGCUAGCAAGGUCCGUAGAUAAUUGUAUCUUGAAUGUGCCAUCUUUGCAUGACAGGUGCACUUUGAAACGAUUAAUCACAGUACAACAGUUUAAUCAUUUGUGAUUCCAUUAGGUGUUAGAUUCUCAGAUCAUCUUAUGUUGUCUGUACUUUUUACUGCACAGUAAACAAAACAAUGCUUUGCCAGCGGUGCAUUGUAGUCACGAUCGCACAAUAUAUAUUUUCUUAAGAAAACAAAAAAACUACCAGCAGUUAUUCAUGCAAUAUAUUAUGCAUUUUUAAGACUAGUUUAUAAAAUUGUUUUGUUUGUGGUUUUUAUUUUAUGGUUUUUAUUAUUUUAGGUUUUAUUAUUUCGAAAUCUUGUUAUGGCCUGACGUAACUUUGUUAGCAACGUUAUGAUGUAACCCAGUUGAUGGCUACAGCAGAGAUUUCAAACCUUAAUCCAUUUAAACAGGUUCUAAAGAUGGAUGUAAACUGGUGUGAUUUUUAGAAUCAUGUAGCAAUGCAUUCUCUUUUAGAAAGAGAGACCAAUAUAAGUAGACUGUGUGACAGCUAAGAAAAUCCCUGCUUGUAGUUGUAAGCAUCAUUGCUAAUCAUGUAAGCAUAUUAAAUGUAAAUGUUCUGCUCAUCCGGUGUAACACACAGAUCGACGCAGACUAGUAAAAAUGCAUAGUACGUAACGUUUGCUUGGCAUUUGAAUUCAUGCACUUUUCUCGCUAUGAACAUCUUUAUAUUUUCAUAUAAAUGUUCAGUACCUAUGACCUGUAUUUAGAAUUUUAUUUUUCUUCUUUUCAUUUUUUAAAAAUUUUAAUAGUUGUAUCUUCCAGCAUCUGCUAAGUGUAAUUGUACAUUAGAUUGUGCAGAUUUUGUUCUCAAUCUAUCCUUUUUUGGUGUCUGUGGUUGGAUCUAACACUAACUGUUAUUGUUUUAUUACAUCAAUAAACAUUUUUCGUGGACCAGGCCACAUAUUGUUCAUCAAUUUGUCUAUUUAUGUUGUUACUGUUUAUAAUAAAGACAACUUUUAAACGGA